UCAGAAAAGGUACCUCGCUUAUCCAUCGAUCAAGUCGUUUGUAAACCAUUUUGACAUGUUAUUAUUGUACCGGCGAGAGUUCCAAAACACAUUGCAACGAAAUGGUAAAAACACCUCAAACAAUGGCCAAUUCGCUUAAUUUACGGCGAAUGAUAUGUGAAACGAAUGUGCUAUCCCGUUCCGAUUGUUCGGCAGCAUUAUCACAAGGUGCCACACAGGUAAUGGUAGCUGCGAAUGGUCCCGCCGAAAUCAAGCUAAGAAAUGCUGAAUCGGAAAAUUGUCAUCUCGAGGUGCAGUACCGAUCGAAUGCCGGACUAGAGGACAUACAGCACCGCCUAAUGGAAAGUCUUAUCAAGCGAUCGUUCGUGCGUGCUGUAUCAACACCCGCAUUCUGUCGCAGCGCUGUUUACAUUUACGUUCAGGAGAUGACCGACAAGGGUGGACUACUGGCUUGUUCCAUAAACGCAACCUGUUUGGCUCUGUUAACGAGUGGAAUCGAGCUGAACUUUACGGUAGCAGCCGUACACUGCAUAAUGACCGAGGACGGUGUAAUGAUACUUGAUCCCGACCAGAAGCAAAUGAAGCAACCACAUACCUCAUUUACGUUUGUGUUCGACAGCAUCACUAAGAAUACGGUCACAUCGUACGUGUACGGUAGUUUUACCAUUGAAGAAUACGAGAAGGUGGUGAGUGUAUGCAGAGAAACUGUGGAUAAGAUCUUUGACUUCUAUCGGAAGGUUUCACAAAACAUUACAAAAGUUGUUACAGACGAUAGUUAAUAUAUCUGGUACGAUAAUUAGGAA